UUUAUUUUCUUAUCCUCACAGAUGAUCAGCAGAAACCCUAGGAUUAAUACAGUAUAGAUCUAGAGAAAAAAAAAAACAGCAAUCCCUCCCUUUUCAGCCUCCUUUGACUACAUCAGCACACCAAAUACUCUAGGAUUCACAUCAAAAUGGGAUUUUCGAUCUUCAGGAAUUCUAUUUAGUUACACAACCCUUUCCACAAGCUUAUCAGACUACAUCUCUAUUCAGAGGGUCAUUCCAGAAUUUUGCUUCUUAUGCCACUAUUCACUGUCUUCUAAUUUCCAGUCUACAUUUUUUAAUGACUGAAUUAUAUCCGCUUGAUCUCAGGCUAAUAUUAACCUUGAACUUACACAAUUCUUCCUGCUUGAUAUUUACCCCUAAGGGUAUUUAUAAAUAAAGUCAUCUUCUCUCAUUCUUAAUUUGGUGAAGUUAAAAAAGAUAAACUGAUGUUUAUUAGUAAUGAAAGUUCUUUCUGCAUGGGCCCCUUCAUCUUGUAGAUUAGCCCAAAACAGGCCCCUACUUUACAAAAAUACAACAUUCUCAGUUACGUUUAAAAGAUGAUUUUUGUUUUUUGUUUUUAGUUAAAACUAUCAAGUCCCAGGCAUUAUUUAAUCGAAAUAAUGCUAUUUAUUGCACUUUUCAGCUAGGAUCUUGCUCUGCAGGCCACUGUGCUGUGCUCAUUCCUGACAGCUACACUUGUAAUGCCUCGCAAGCCAGGCAAAUCUUUUCAGUUACCUUCAGAUGGGUUUACAGCAAAACACAAGCAAACCAGCUCGUAAACUGCUGUAAUUCUUUCUAUUGCCAGGCUCGCUUGGCCUGCUGAGCACAAGGACCACAGUAACGAUGUUCACCAGGAGAUUAAUUAAGCUGAGGGGAAGGUGCCACGUUCACGUGUUCUGACAUUUGGCAACCCUGUUGUGCUUGGCGUUUUGGCUUUUUUAGAGUGUUAACUUCUCCCCCUUAAAAAUAAACACUGAAAAAUCUCUUUCACGCUUCCGAAACCUCUUUCCAAUUCUUUUUCCUCCACUAAAAUCAUUCUAGCUUUGCACAGAUCAGCUGGAAGCCUCAAAAAUAUGUAAAACUGAUGGGAAAGGUUCAGGGAGUUCCAGCACUGCGGUAAAGCAGCAUUGACAGCAGCAUAUAGACUUUCCAUUUUUCUGAAAGAAUCUUGUUUAUAAAGCAAAUCUGAAUGUUAGAGUGAAUAUUUUGUAAUAAUUCUCCUUUGCUGAUGGUGACACUUACUUGUCACCACCCAUACAAAGUUGUCUCUGCUCGUCCUGCUACUUAUAAAAACUUAUCCUGGCAGAAUUCAACUGUCAAAGAGAAGAGCGAUGCAUCCUCCUCCUUUUGAUCCUAGAAACUGCAACAUGGACAGUCUCUCGUUAACCCUCCUGCCUGCGUGCGGCAGUCCUUGCCCCACCACGGAGCUCUUCCGGGGUUGCAGGCUCUUCGGCAAAGGCGCCGUCUGCCUUUGCACGGCGCCGCCGCAGCGAUGCCCCUUCGCAGCUGGUCCUCAGCCACCGGAGUAAAUCUCAUCUGGAACUAAAAAAAAGUUGGUUAACAGCACGAACGAAGGAGGGACAGUCCUGCACCGCAGCAGCCACUGCAGAAACCAGACAAGGAUUCUUCACUGCGCUGCCGUUUUCUCCCUAUCCCGCUCUCCUGCUUCAGCCAUGCCCAAGGAGGACAGUGCUCAGCCUCUGCCACCGAAGAAGGACAGUGCUCACCGUCUACCGCCCAAGGAGGACAGUGCUCAGCCUCUACCACCCAAGGAGGACAGUGCUCAGCCUCUGCCACCCAAGGAGGACAGUGCUCACCGCCCACUGCCCAAGGAGGACAGUGCUCAGCCUCUACCGCCCAAGGAGGACGGUGCUCAGCCUCUACCGGGGCUACAGACCUUACGCCACCCACUGCAGCACCAGAAAUUGCAGCUUAUGAAAAAAGUGGCGAUCAUCACUGAGGACAGUGCUCAGCCUCUCCCGCCAAGGGAGGACAGUGCUCAGCCUCUACCGCCAAGGGAGGACAGUGCUCAGCCUCUACUGCCAAAGGAGGACAGUGCUCACCGUCUACCGCCCAAGGAGGACAGUGCUCAGCCUCUACCGCCCAAGGAGGACGGUGCUCAGCCUCUACCGGGGAUAAAGACCUUACGCCACCCACUGCAGCACCAGAAAUUGCAGCUUAUGAAAAAAGUGGCGAUCAUCACUGUGGGUAAAGCGCAGCCCAGACUGACUGCUGGAAGCACGAAGCCCACAGGAGCACCCUGAAGGGAUUCGGGACGCCCCCCGCUUCGCCCUGCGAGGGGCAGGGCGGCAGUGGGGACAGGGCAUCCGCACAGAGCUGUAACGAGCUCUACGCCGCCCUGGGCCGCGAAGCUGUCGUCGCUGGAAGAGGGAAAACCCGCGGUGGGAUGAGAGGCAGCGUGGCAGAUGAGACGCCGCAGAUCCUAACACUUGUUCUCGGUGCGGUUUUUCCCUCUUACGUUCGCCCCUGACGUGCAGGGAGGCUCUAUAACUGGUCUGAAACAGAGCAACAGCAAAGCCACUUAGCUCAGAAACUGAUGUACAGUCAAGUUUAAAUCCGAAGUCAUUUCACAUCCAAGUGCAAUACUCUCUGUGCUUUCUCGUUCUGCUGACAGGCAAACAUCGAAUGUUAGUUCUUUGCUGCGUAGUCGAGUAUUCAGAGACACCCAGCCAAGGAAAUGGCUCUCCUAUGUAGCUGUUUUUAAUGAUUACUUUGUAUUCCUAAAUGUUUUGCCCUGACAAAUGAGUUAUGUUGAGCAGGACAGAGUCUCUCAUUGUGGCCGUUGCGCUGCAUAGGCCUUCGCUGUGCUUUAUGGGCCAGACGCUGGCAGCGCAAGCCCUAACAGACCCUAUAUAACGGCACAGAGCAACAAUGCUGCUACUAUCAGUGUGGUGUCCAAGAGGGCUCCUUUUGGUAUUCACAGUCCUCCCCAUUCAAAAUACAAAAUCAUGUUUUCCCUGUGUAAAUACACUAAAUAUCAUGUCAGUUAUGGAACAAUUAGAAUUUUGGAAACUAAGUGUUUCAGGGCAGGAAGAAAGCACAGUCAAAAUACCGAGGUGCCUAGCCGCACAAAUGAAGUGUCAUGUGAGUGCAGAAACGGUUAUAUUUUCC